AUGUCAACUUUCAAUCGCUCUUACAGGCGUUGCACCUGCUGCCGCGAUAAGCCCUGUCUCAGCGACUUCGGACGCGACCAUUCUGGUCAUUGCCCUCACUGCAUCUUCUGGGGUAACAAUCGGCAACCUUGCCCUUGGGACUACUGCCCUGGUGAUUGUAACGGAACGUGUCAGCCACAAGGGCCUCGUCGUGAGCCAGGUCGCGUCUGGACCACCAACGAAGCCCACCGACAGCAAGGGAACCAAAACUAUCCCUUGACCGAUUUCGACGACCCAGAUUUGACUCUUUGUGCCGACAGGGCUGGCGCUGAACGUCGUCGUCUUAUGCGCUUCGAGGCCACGUUUGAAGAGUUCUACCAAGGUGAAACUCUAACGAACCCUCCUCAUCAUCCCAUCCGUCAACAAGAAUCUCCACCUCCCGAUUACUACCGUGAUCUUGGAUUCUCUCGCGACGUUCCACGCUCUGAACCUCGUGACAUCAUCUACCCACCAGGUAGACGUCACCAUCUCAGUCGUGACUACAACAGUCUCCAAGAUCCUAACCCUGGACCUUUCGGGGUCUCUUACAAUGAGCCCCGCGAUGCCCACCGCUUUGACCCUGAGAAUCGCAGGCCAUCCACGAGUGGCUUCGAAAGCGACUGGGAUCCUUGGCCCGAGCACCAACGCCAGAUGAGAGGUGAACUUAGAUAUGACUGA